AUGUCGAGCCAUGAUUCAUCGGCGGACUCCGCGUCCUCCAGAGAGGGCGAGACGGACUUCGUGGUGGAGGAGGUUGAAGUACACAUCGAGGACUCCCAGGACGGCAGCCCUGCCGCUGUGGAGGAGGAGGAAAGCUUCGAUGAGUGCUUGGAGAAGUACCAGACCGUGCAAGAGCACCUCCUCGAAGACAUCCGCAUUCAAGAGGAUGUCGCCGAAUGCGUCAAAGAGGUGUGGAACCGGUUCAUCUCCUCCCAGUCAAGCCGUGAUGCAGCUGGCGAAGCCAUCUACUCCGCCGUCUUUGAUGCUGCGCCCAGCCUCCAGGGGCUGUUCAAGACGCCGAGGUCAGUGAUGGCCAUGCGGUUCAUGAACGGCUUGACGAGCAUCGUCAACAUCUGCCACAACCCGUCGGCACUGAGGACACAGGUGGAAGCUCUCGGCUUCCAGCACCUCGACCUUGAAGUGACUGCUCCUCGAGUCGCAAUUUUCCGGGAAGCCAUCGUGGACCUCCUCGAGAUGGAGCUUCCAAAUGGACUCCCCUCCAAGGCGCGCGUUGGCUUGCAGGCGCUCCUGAACUACUCAGGGGGCGCCUACAUCUACAUUCGCCGCGAGUACUCCGCUCGUGUCAAGAUCAUCCAGCGCAGCUGGAGGGUCGCCAACAACAAGGACACUGAAGAGGAAGGGGAGCAGGUCGACGAAGCGGCAGCUGCGACCGUCACGCCGGACAACGAGUCAGAUCUGCUGCAGAAGUCGGUGGAAAAGACUCAGCGGGCCGCCUCCAAGGAGUCCAAAGACAGUGAAGGCGCCCCCGUGCGGCGCGACUCCAAGACCGAGGCGAACACCAUAAAGACCACGGCAACGGAGCUCAAGGUGCCCACGACGUUCAACGAGAUGUUCCUCUUCAAUGCUGCUGUGAUGGGCUUUGGCCAAAGCACCUGGAUGCACUUGGUGCUUGACCAGUUCGAUGACAUUGUCAGCAAUGUGGCAAACUCGUAUCGCCUGCAGGAGGAGUGUGAUGUGCUGUCCCUGGUCCUUGCGCAGCAUCCCGGCUCGAUCCGCCUCUCCGAGUUCAAGGCCGUCAUGCUGGCAUCGUUGCGGUCCCUCGUGCCCAAGGAGUGGGACUCCAAUCACGAGGUAGCCUGGAAUUGGCUCUGGGAGAACGUGGAGCGGAUGCUUCGAUCCCACAUUGGCAAGCCACAGGCCCAUGAGGAGGCUCUCGGCCGCUUCAUCCUUAGCCUCUCCGAGAGCUCGAUCCUCUUCUUGCGCCAGGAGCUGUAUCGGCGGUUCUUCGCCGUGGCCCCUGCAGGGCAGGACCACUUCAAGCAGUCGACCACGCGGCUUUACUUCAUCGCAGACAAGAUCAUCGAGAUGACCAUUGAGAUCUUCAGAUCGCCCCGGCAGAUGGUCGUCGACAUCUCAGCCCUUGGUCUCCGCCAUGUUGGUUAUGAGGUUCCCACCGAGCUCUUCGCACCCUUUGUCUCUGCUGCGGUGGAUGUGGUGCGUGGGAUGACCACGGACGAAGUGGCCGAAGCCGCAUUCCGCUGGUCGCUGACCCUGGUUUCAAAGAUCCUGGUGCGAACAGUGCUGGAAGGCUCCACGAUUGUGAUGCGGGCCAUCAACACCAACCAGGAGAAGGCGCUUCGAAAGGCCAUCGCCGUGGCGCCCCGCGGCCGGCGCGCCACCGAGCUGCUGGAGAUCCGGGUGGGCACCCAGUCGAUCUCUCCACUUAUGUGGGCCAUCGAGAGCGGGAGUCUGAACUGUGCCAAGGCCAUGAUCCAGGACUUGCUGACGAUCCGCGCAGAUCGUGACAACUACUACUACGGCUGCGAUGAUCUCUUCAGCCGCCACCCAAACAUCAUUCAGAAGCUCUGUGCCGAGGCUCCCACGCUGCUGAAGCCGCUUCUUGACGGGCUUGUCUGGCGCUCGCGUAUCACCUUCCAAGGCAAGCGGCGCGUGAACUAUUACCUGAAGCACCUGGUGCAGACUGAGGAGGGCCGGUUCAAUCAGGCGCUGGAGUGGCUGGCAGAUUUCAAAGACCCACAGAUCAUCAGCCACUCAGUGGUAGCGCUUUUUGCAGACAUUGUCUGGAACCGCCUGGCCAUGUACUACUUCCUUCUCACGAGACUCUACUUCUUGCUGACACUCUGUGUCUUUGCCACCAGCCAGGCCAUACUGGGAAGCUCCGACGCAAGAACUCACAGCGAAGAGGAAAACAUUGCAAUUUUCGUGUGCCGCGCAUUCAUCUACGUGGGAAGCAUGUUGCACAUGUUUAUCCGUGAGAUUCGGCUUUUUGUACAUGACUGGCGCCACGGAGCCAUGGAGAGGCUCUUCAACAAGGUUCCCAUUCCCGAGUUCUUGUGCAGUGGCCAAGAGCUAGGCAACCUGCUGCUGCUCUUCAUGCUGAUCUUCAUGUGCGCCCAAGAGCCCAUCUGGUGGUGCAUCCCUGACAUGUACGGCGACUUCCCCGGGGCAGGCCUCUUUACCACUUCCUGUGAUGCCGGCGAGCAGCACAAGGAGGCAUACGCGGCGUUCUCUUGCGCAGCCAUGCUCUUGUACUGCCUACUGAUCCUGGACCUCAGCAUCGUCUCCAUGCGGAUCUCCGCCUUCGUCCUGGUUUGCGGGCGGGUCGUCGCGGAGGUGGGUCUCUUCUUGAUGGCUGCUGUCUUCCUGAUCGUGUCCUUCUCCCUGGGCAUUAGCGCCCUCGACCGGCAGAGCCCGAGCUUCGAAGGCAUCGGCAAUGCGGCCUUCUCACUCUUCGCCAUGACACUGGGUCUCUAUCCUACAGACAACCUCGGUGAGCUCAAGGAUUCCGUAGGCGUCCUGAUCACGGUGUCCGUCUUCACCAUCCUAGUAGCGAUCUUCUUGCUGAACCUCCUGGUCGCGCAGCUGAACCAGGCCUACCAGAUCAUUUUCCCAGACAUGCAGGGCUACGCGCGCCUGAACCGGGCUUCUGUGAUCGUGGCCACCGUGGAUCAGGUCUCCCAGAAGAGAUGGUCCAAGUUCCUCCAAAGCCUGAACCUCGACGAGCGCUUGGAGUUCAACGAGGGGGACGUGGGCCUUGCAGGUGGCAUUCAAGUGAUGGAGCCCUCGUGGGCGAAUCCGACUACAGUGGACUCCAUUCGCCGAUUUGGCGGCUCCACAUCUCCCAGCAUGCCCUGGCCGGAGGACGAGAAGCAUUACAGUGACGAGGACCGCUUUGAGCGCUUGGAGAAACUGAUGAUCCGCGCGACAAAGGGCGCGAAGAAGAAGGGCAGCCGCCUGAGUGCCAUGACCAGCGGCACGACCUCCAACAGCAGCGGCACAGGCCACUCCAGCUCAAGCUCCGAGCACACCAGCGACCACGUGCUGUAG